CAGGGCAGACAUUUGGCUCUGCCUCCAGCCUUGCAGGACUCGGCUAUGCUGCCCCCAGCUGGAGGACUAGGUUGGACUGCCAGGACCCCUGCUCACUCCCGAUCCCUGGCGCAGGACCCCUGCUGGCCCCCGAACCGAUGGAUACUCUGCCAGAACCUCCGUCACCAGCAGACUCACCGGAGCAAUGCCAGAGCCUGAUCGGCGCUAACAUGAUGAGCAGCCCGGCCAGCUUUAGCAUUGACGCCCCACGCUGGGACCAGAGCACUUUUGUGGGGCGCCUGAAGCAUUUCUUCAACAUCACAGACCCGCGGACGGUGCUGGUGUCAGAACAGGAGCUGGACAGGGCGAAGGUGCUGGUGGAAAGCUGCAGGGCGGGCCUGGUACCCCCAGGCACCAGCCAGGAGCAGCUGUUCUAUGCCAAGAAACUCUACGACUCCGCGUUCCACCCCGACUCCGGUGAGAAGAUGAACCUGAUUGGGAGGAUGUCCUUUCAAGUGCCCGGGGGGAUGGCCAUCACUGGCUUCAUGCUGCAGUUUUACAGGACGGUCCCCGCGGUGGUGUUCUGGCAGUGGGUGAACCAGUCCUUCAACGCCCUGGUGAACUACACCAACAGGAACGCAGCCAGCCCCAUCUCGCUCACGCAAAUCGGGGUGGCUUACGUCACCGCCACCGGCACGGCCCUGGCGACCGCCGUGGGACUCAACCUCACCACCAAGAGAGCCCCGCCCCUCGUGGCACGCUGGGUCCCGUUCGCAGCCGUAGCCGCUGCCAACUGUGUGAACAUCCCCAUGAUGAGGCAACAGUAA